AUUGCAUUUAAAUGGAUUAAUUAAAGAACAUGCUCAAGCUUUAUUUCAUUGUAUCCUUAGGGGCAUUUCUUUUAAUUUCCUAUGGUUCAUCAUCUUUGAUGCUUCCAUUGAAUAACACCUAUUAUGUCUCGGAGUACGAAACCACUUUUCUGCAUGCUUUAGCCGGAUGUAAAAUGAUUGAUAUGGAUUUGCUUCGGAUCGAAAGUGCGACUGAGAGUCUUAAUCUAUAUAAUUUAAUGGAUGCAGCUGGUUUAGCGGUUUCCGGAAGAGCAUACUGGAUGGGCGGAGCAUACCUAAGCGAUGAUUCCUGGGUAUGGAUAGAGACAGGAGGCGUUCUCAGUUAUACAAGAUGGGGAGCAAAUGAACCUAAUAUGACGGGUAGUGGUACCCACUGUCUUCAGCUAGGGAAAGAUAAUGACGGCAAAAGCUCAAUAAAUUGGCAAUCCAGAUUAUGCAUCACUUCGCGUUAUUAUAUUUGCGAAGUAAAUUCAUAAACAAAUACUUAUAAAUUAUUCAAUUAAAUGAAAAACAUUAAAUACUUAAUGUCAAAUUAACAUUUUGUCGCAGUCACUGCUUAUAUUAGUUGAUACAGAAGCUUGUUUUUGCACGUAUUUAAUAUUAAACAUAUAUGAUUUUAAAA